CUUUUCAAAUAUCUCUCAAACUCAACACUGAUUCUCCCAUUAAUCUCAAAGAUAAUUAUAUUUAAUAAGCUUCUUCUGAUUUGUUGGUUUGAUUCUGUGAUUGAAGUGCCACCAGAGCGCCAUGGCUUCCCUUUCAAUCUCUUCAUCUUCGACUAUCAUCAACUCUAGAGCUUCUCCUCCUGGACAAGCCUCCUUCUCUUCUCCCUCGUGUAUUUCACUUCCGAUGCUUCCUCCUAAGCCGCUUCAGUCCACUGCUUACUGUCGGAAGAUUGCGAGGAGGAACGUUCCGACGAGAGCUACCGAAGUUGAAGCUCCGGUCACCGCCGAAGCUGAGACUACAGAGUUGCCGGAAAUCGUCAAGACCGCUCAAGAAGCUUGGGAGAAAGUGGAGGAUAAGUAUGCAAUUGGUUCUCUCGCAUUUGCUGCUUUGCUUGCUCUUUGGGGAUCUACUGGCCUCAUCUCGGCAAUCGACAGGCUUCCGUUGUUUCCUGGUGUUUUUGAACUUGUAGGCAUUGGUUACACUGGGACUUGGUUCAUUUUAUUUAAUGGACCUUUGCAACGUUGUUGUUUUGUUAACACAGUGGUUCGUUUACAAGAACAUGAUCUUCAAACCAGACAGGGAGGUGCUGUUUCAGAAGGUCAAGGAUACAUACAGAGACAUAUUAGGGAGCAGCAGCUGAAUCAGAGGAAGAAGUGUGAGAGACAUUCAUGAAGGAAAAUCAAAAGAAGAAUCUAACACAUGCCUCUCUGUCUCUCUUUGUGCUCCUUGUAGCUCAAAAUAUCAACCACCGUCUUACAUAAGUGUUGUAGAUUCCAUCCUCUCUCUCUCUCUCUCUAUGUGUUCCUUGUAGCUCAAAAUAUCAUCCACUUUAUGUCAAAGUGUUGUAAAUUCUUCAAGACUGCAAUGAUGAGAUGUUUAUUUCAUUC